AUGGCCACCGCAAGUUAUGACCCCCACCUGGGCGAAGGCCCAUCGGAGGACUCGGAGAACCUCCUGGAUGAUUCUGACUCCGACAGUGUGCUUUCUGAUGACUCAGUGCUUCCCGACUAUGAAGAGGAAGAAAAUGAUACAGAACCUGCGAAAACGUUAUAUGAGGCCUGUACUAGGAAUGACGCUACAUCAAUGAGCAGGAUCCUGGAGAGAGGGGUCACUAAAGAUGAGGCCAUGGAACUGGACAUCAAUGGCAGGAAUGGACUGAUGGUGGCGGUGGCCAAGGGGUUCGUAGACCUCGUCACCCUGCUGCACACAUGUCCAUAUAUAGACAUCAAUCACCAAGACAAUGAUGGAAAUACUGUCCUCAUGAUCGCUGCACAGGCAGGUUUCAUCACCAUUCUAAACUAUAUCCUUAACUUCUACUCUGGUGUGGACACUGAAGUCAGGGAUCCUCGCGGCCUCACAGCCCUCAUCAAGGCAGGCCUGCAGGGCCGAGAAGAGUGUGUGUCCUCCCUGCUAAUGCAUGGUGCAGAUAUGAAUGCAAUGGACAGGGUACAAGGGAGAGGUCUGAAGGACUGGGCCCUAAGGACAGGAAGUUUUGAGACUCUUGGAAGACUGCGCCGCCUGCAAGCUCAUCCUGUCGCUGAGCAGUUCUGUGAGAGCUAUGUUCCUGAGUGGCCUGAGCUGAAGCAUCUGGUAGCAAAGGUCACUGUGGCCAAAACAGCCGGUCAGAAGCUGAGGCAACAAUUAAAAGACAGUCUUUCUUUCAGCUUUCCUCAAGACCCCCAAGACAACGGGGUCAUGGACCAUAUGGUGCGGAUGACCACAGGCAUCCACAGCCCCCUGAUAGCCACUGGUUGCCGUCCACUCUGCCCCAGCAGCCCCCCGGAGAUAGGCAAGCGGCGCUUUGCCUUACCUGAACUGCUUGAAAAGUACAGUACCAAGGAGUUAGAGGAAGGCCGGGUGUCCCACAGUAAAGGCUACAUCCCCACCUCAGCUUCCGCUUCGGUGUCAGUGGGAGAAGGGUCGGGAUCUCUGACCUCCUGCUGCCAGGAGCUGGAGUGCAGAGAAAUAAUCCCAUCAGGUGGCAUAAAAAGCUACCUUCCCCAUAGCAUGGCACAUAGGAACAGCAUCUUCCCGUCAGGUUGUAUUCCAAAAAUUGAAGUGACAAGAUCUGGGGAGCCCACUCCAAAGAAAGAGAAAAAGAAGAAAAGGCAGAAGGGCUACCUGGAGCCUCCUGUCUGGAAGUACAAGCAGGCCAAGGAGGAAAGAAAAGAGAAGAAGCAUCAACAGGGAAAUGACCAAGAGAAAAAACCCAAGGGGUCCAAACAUUCAUCAAGCCAAAAAUGA